CCUUCCACGUUUUCUGGUUUCCCUCUAAAACCAAAGGUUUGAAUUUACACAAAAUCAUUCAAAACUUGGAAACAAUUUCAAUGCACCUUCCCAAAAAGAAAAAGAAAAAAAUUCAAUACAUCUCUGCAAUCACGCUCCUCCUCCUCCUCCUCCUCCUCCCUUCUCGCCAUGGAUGAAGCCGACCACUCAAUCGGCUCAAGCUCUGGCUCGCUUCACUUGGCUCCACCUCCUUCUUUAGUCUCCCUCUCCUCUUUCUCUCCCGUCCCCUCUCCAGCCUCUCGCCGGCUAUCCAGCACCUUCACUCCUAGCCGCCCCGUCACCUCGGCUGGACGGCUCUCUUGGGUCUCUCUCCAGGGACGGAUUCUUAAUGCGGAGGAAGCCAGCUCAGCUAAAGCCAUUGGUGGUGGCUUGACCCGGGACCAAAUAAUUGCCUGGGAGCUUUUCAGCCCCAUUCAAAGGUUCCUCACUGUAGCCGUGAUCGGCGUCGCUGUUGCGGAGUCUAAAAAGAAUAGUCUCAUUUUCCAGCUCAAAAAAUCUGUGGAGCUUAGGGAUCAGGUGCUCUUAAGAAUGCAGCAGAAGCUAGAUGAUCUAUGUGAGCAGGUGAGUGGCAUUAAAGCCACUGCAUCAUUAAGCAAGAACGUAGAAUCACCAUCUAGUGAUGCUUUUGGCGGUAAUACGAUAAAAUUUGUUGACUGCGGUUGUUGGCAUUGCGAUCAUCACCAAGGUCUUUUUGCGGAUUUCAUGGGCAACUCUGCUGUAAAUAUUUCCAGAGUGGAUGAAGUGUUGCAGUAUAAGAUGCCUUUACUAAAUGAGGGGGAACAAGAGGAGCGGCGCAUGUCAGAUUUGUCUGAUUGGGCUUCAAGUGUUACAUCGACAGCAGAUACCCAGAUGAACUCGUCUGCAUUAGACCAAGAUAUCUUGAACCUUAAGAGAGAGUGUGAAGACAAAGAUGCCACCAUAAAGGAGCUGAUUUCAACUAUUCGGUCAACUGAUAUGGCAGGCUCAAAGAGAAUUGCAGAGUUGGAAGAUAUUAUACGUAGGAAGAACACAACUGUUUCAAAACUUAAGAAGGACGUGAUGGUGUUGGAAGAAAAGUUAGUGCAGCUUACAAGGCUUCGGAGAACAUCUUCCUCUCUGCGUAUCUCAGACAGUUGGGAAUUACCACUUAUGCUAGAUAACCUAGUUUAUGAUAUGGACAGUAGUACUAGCCCUUCCUCUUCUGAUUCAGACUCUUCCCCUGGGAAUAGAGCACAAGCUUCAGCUGUGAAAAAUCUGGAGACUCCUGUUCAAAGUAGUUACAUUUCUCAAGCAUCAACACCAUCAAAGACCUCGAGUUCUUUGGCAAUAUUAAACGAACGGCAAACAAAGUCUAGAUCAGUAAGUCCUCUUGGGGAAAUAUCAGUAAAUAAAAAAUCCAGCCUGCGGCCAAAGCAAUUAUCCACUAGUGGGGAAUUUAAGAAGAUUAGAAGGCGAUCCCAAACUACAUCUACUGAUGCAGCUCCAAAGAAGAGAUGGGUCUAGUUUAUGUGGUACAUAUGUAUGUAGAGCAGAGGAUAUGUGGUGUAGAUCUCACAAGUUCAGUACGAAAGCCUAUUGUCCAAACUUAUGCACAGGCCACUUCAUCUAUGUUGAAGAGCCACAUUGCCGUUAAAUUCAUAGAAUUGCAGAACUCAAGAUUGUCUAUUUCUUAAGAUAAUGUCAUCCUUCGUAAUGGUUGUCUAGUGGAGCUUUGUUUUCUUUACUUUGAUGGUGGUGAUGGGCUAUUUACUUGUUGAUUAGCAUGUGAAAAAUUUGAGUUUAUUCAACAUAUUCCAGAUAUUAUCUAACACAAGCUGGUCUUUGAUGCAGAAAGAUCACCACAAUCACCUACCCAUAUCCAACCGAGUAGGAAGAAUACCGGGUAUUGCUUCUCUAUUUUGUUUCUUUGAAAGAAAGUCUGAGUUCACAUUUGUAGAUACAAGAACUAAAUUUGAAUGAAUAAGCCUUUUCAAACCUGGGUUUAACUGGGUAACUAGUCA